AUGGACCCACACUCUUCAAAACCACCACCUUCUCCUCACAAUAACAGAGAUUCCACUGCUAGAUCUCAACCACUAGGGGCUGAUACCAACACUUCUGCUACACCAGAGUUACCACCUCCUCCGUACUCAAAGGAUCCAAUUAUUCACAAUACGUCCGCUUCUCAACCCCAACGACCAGGCUCUACAAUGUCGGCAUCCUCACUUUCUAUUCAUCACAUGCUAAACUCUGAGAACCUGCACCAGCACCAGCACCAGCAACAACUGCUUCCACUACCACAUGUGUCUCCUGAACAAAGAGAUUUGUCAGCUGCAGAAGCACUAACGCAGUUGACUGGAAGCGCUACUCCUCCUUCUGAUGCUGAUACUAUGGUAACUACCGACUAUGAUGAAGAUUGCGACAUGGCAGAUUCAGAACAUCAACAACAACAACAUCAUCAUCACCAACAGAGACACCCCCUUGUUUCAACUGUUUCAAUGGUUGCCAAACAUCCCAUUGUGAUGAAUGCAGUUAAGUACUAUGAAACUUCCAAAAGAAGAUACUCUUCAUUUAACUAUGCUGCUGGAAUUGUUGAAGCUGCUGCUAUACCUGUGGUUACCAGAAUUGAGGACAAUUUAAACACUAGACAUCAAACAAAGAGGCAUGUGUCAUCAUCAUCAUCAUCAUCACAUGGUGCUGGAUCGCCUCUUUCGCCAACAUUGAAUCAGUAUAGCAUGUCAUCAUUCGACAAUAAGCAAAAGAAGCGAAGACUAUCUUCAUCUUCCGCAAUUUCCGUUGCAACAACUUCAUCACAAUCUGGUAUUGUACCUAGUUCAGAUGCAAAGAGGAGAUUGCAAUUUUGUAUCCAUAUCCUAAGGGCAGCUAAUGCUACAAUUAAUUCAAAGAUUAAUUUUCUUCAGCUUAAACUCGAUGAAACUGAAAUGGCAAUUAAAGAAAAAAGGCAUCAAUUACAAGCCCAACGAUCAAAUGAAAGCAUUAUUUCUGACCAAACAACUGAAAAGACAAAGGGAGAGAUAGUGGGUACUGUCAAAAAGAUUAUCCAUCUUAUUCUGAACUUUCGUCCAAGUACUUUGUCGGCAACAGCGCCAACACAGGCAGCACAGGCAACACAAACAACAGAGACUACACCGGCAACACCUACAACACCAGCAGCAUGCCAUCCCAACACACUAUCUCGUACUAGUUCCUUCAACGGAACCCCCGUACCUAGUGGUUCUACUGGAACUGCAAACACACCUACAACUACGUUAACUCCAACUUCGUCUCAUGGAUCGUGUUUGCAAGAAUACGAAUUGAAAAAUACCAUACGUGAUAUUAUAUUGCGUUUACCUGCAUCGUUGCAACAUGCUGAAAAUGAUGGGGGCAAUGAUCGUAUAUUUGUUUUUGCUAAGGAAAGUUUGGAGAUGAUUACAAAAUUGACUAAUGUUUUCAGUCUGCAAUUGGAGCACGUUGAAACGUGGGUUAAUGGAGAAGUACAAGAACCAACCAAUGAAACUAGUGGUGGGGUUGCAAAUGAGAUAAAUGAUCAAGAAAAGGAAAACGAUGUGGAAAUGAAGGAUGAAAAGAAUUUCGAUCUGGCUAGUACUAGAUGUUCAAGUGAAGAGCCAGAUGGCAUAACUUCGGCGACAAAGAGAAUGAGGAUUGACGAGUUGAUUGAAAACUGA